AUGGAUGCUACAGUAUUUUGUAAGCGUUGUAAAGAUAAAAACGCUACGGUACAAUCCCGUAAAGAACCAUUCUGUAAUGACUGUUUUGUUAAGUUCGUCAGUUUGAAACAAAGAAAACGUAUGAUGGGCGAUGAGUACUACCGUGAUUGUUUCAAAGUCAUCUAUGAUAAAGACGCUCCUAAUGGUGGUGUAUCAGAGGUUGCGUUGCCUUUUGAUUUCGGAACUUCCUGCAUUGCCGCAUUGGAUGUGCUUACUCUGGUCUUAAAAGAUCAGAUUUCACAACAUCGUGGUAAAACUGGGUUCAAAGUACAUGUUAUUACUGUCUACAUGGAUGACGAACAACGUAAAACCUAUACUGACAAGUGGAACGAGCUAUGUGCCUUUGAUAGGUUUGAUGCUGAAUUAAUGAAACAUUUUACCUUCCAUCUGUUGGACAUAAAUGCGUUUUUGAAUACUUCUGAAUUACAGCAAAUAGUCUUAGACCACGUUGAUUACACUGCCAAAGGUAUUCAGUACAAUAUAACCGAGGCGGAGAAUGUCAAGAGUCUUUUAAGUUCUUGUCCAAAUAGAAGUACAAAGGAAGAUCUCAUAAAGAUGAUAAUAAAGCAUGUUGUCAAGAAAUUUACUUAUCAACAUCCAGAUACCAAAGUUAUUUUAUGGGGUCAUUCCAUGACUAAACUGGCUGAUGAAAUUAUUGGAUUAGUAAUCAAGGGAAGAGGUUCUCAAGUGGCUAGAGCACUAGACGCUGAGUCUUUUGAUGAAGAUUAUGCUGACAAUUUCAAAAACUUAUAUGCUUUGAAAGACAUAUUUCUUUCCGAAACAGAUGCAUACUGUAUCAUUACAGGUUUAGAGAGCUUCACAGUCAAUUAUAAAGCAAAAGAUACUCUUCUCUUAGCCAAGUCAGAGAAAUUUGAUGAUUCAAAAUCUGUAAUGAAGCUUCCGAAAAAUAUGACUAUCGAUGAAUUGGUAAGAAAAUAUUUCACUGAUAUCGAAAUGGAGUACUCUAAUAUAAUUGCUACCGUGCUAAGAACCGGUGAUAAAUUGAAAGCACCAGAAAUUAGAGAAGAUUGCAAGAAGUGUUCCAUUUGUAAUAGCAUCAUAUAUAUUGAACCAUCUCAAUGGUUAAGUGAUAUCGCUGUUUUGAAGGGACAUCCUGUAGAAACUGAAGAAGAACAACUUGCUUACAACGAAUGGAAAAAUUCUAAAGUUGGUAUUGAAAUGAAUGAAUAUUUUGAGUUAAAGGACCUUGCUUGGGAAAAUGGAUCAAAUUCAUCAUUAUGUUAUGGUUGUAUAAUAAAUUUGAAUAGUAUCAAAAAGAAAAACCUUGUGUGGUUAAAACAUGGCAAGAAAGAAUUAAAUGAGGUUUUAAAUGAAUAUCAAUUGAAUAGUGACUCAGAUGACUGA